GAGAGGCAGUCGCUUGAGAGAGCUUGACGCGUGCAGACAGCUGCGUGAACAGGACUCGGAAGUGUUUCUUAUAACAAAUAUCAUAAACUUAUUUCAAUUUAAGUAAAUUGAAAAUUGCAUCAAGCAUUGAAUAAUAGUAGGAAAAUAUUUUAUAAAGUGACAACAAAAAUUCAUCCACAUACUUAUGUGUCUGUGCAUGACUGUCGAAAGAAAAAAAAAUAGUCCUAAAGCAAAAACAACAACAAACAUCUUAACAUUUACGUUUGCGUCGUGAAACAGCUGUUAUUAAUCUCUCUCUCAAUUCAGCACGUCUCUGCCGAUUCAGCAUACCGCUCUCCGAUUUACGCGCUGAAUGCUCAAAAAAAAAAAAGAAAUAGAAAUUAAUAACACUGAAGCGUUCGUUUCAUUUCGCUUGCGCUGCUCAACGUGAACGGACGUGUUCGGGCAAAUAUCUCCGCCUGUCGUUAGCGUAUGAUAAAUAAAACUGUAAACUGCACGCGUGUUUUUGCAUAUAAAUAAAGACUGAACCAACAACAAAAAACAAACAAGCAAAACACAAACUCAAUUUGCAGCUUAAAUAGUUUACGAAAAUAAACAAGACUGAUUAAACAAUACAAUAAACGGAAAAUAAUUGAAUUACGGGUGCGACACAGCUACAAAAAAUAAUAAAACAUCAACAAAACUAAACCGAAAAGAAAUUCCAAAUAAAAAACAAUAUUUAUAAAACCGCAGCAGCAGCAACAUAUGGAUUAACGUUCCUCUUAUACACACAAACACAUACACACACACUCUCGGAUAAACAGCAGCUUUAAUUACAGUUAAACGCUGUCUAUUUCUCACUUCUUGGAUUACCAGUGCCAAUUCAAACAAAAAAACAAAAGAAAGAAAAGAAGAAAAAUUACAAAAUUGUCAAAAUCUAAGUGCAGUGAAAAGCUCUAAAGAGAAGAAGAAAAAAUGAAAUGCUGAAAAAUUAAGCAAAGCGUAAAUAAACAAAAAUAAAGCUUUAAAUCUUGUGUGUGUUGAACAAAAAAACCAACAAGUAUAAAAUGACGAUGGCUGCGUGUUAUGCUAAUUACGACAUGUCCUCCAUGUCGUCUCUCUCGCACAGCAUGUCGGCGGCGCUGCAACAGCAGCAGCAGCAGCAACAACAGCUGCAGCAACAGCAGCAACAACAGCACCAUCAACAGCAACAACAGCACAUGUACCACGCUGCAGUUGCGGCGCAUCAACAACAGUUGCUGCAACAGCAACGUCAACAACAACAGCAGCCACCCGCCAACAACAACAACAGCAACAAUGGACGUCAUGCAGUUGGGACACAGGUCGCUGCUGCUAGCAGCCAGCGCGGCAGCAAUCAGCAGCAGCGGCAACAACAACAGCAGCAGCAGUGGCAGCAGCAGUCAGUCAGCAGCAACAAGGACUACAGCAUUCCGUUGCACGUCGACUGCAGCGUCGAGUACGAGCUGCCGAAUCAGCCAAAGCCGCCCGCCGGGCAGCGCGUGGAGCCACUGCUGAUGAUCCAUCCCUGCUAUUUUCGCAAAAUGGAGUCGCAGCGGCGCAGCCCGUUCGUCAACAAUAUGCAGGCGACGGCAACAGCGAGCGCGCGCAGUGCUGCUAGCAGUGCUGUGAGCAGCGCAGCGGCUUUGGGCAGCGGUGCAGCAACAGUGGCGUCGGCGCCCAGCAGCAGCAGUGCAGCGCGGCGCAAGACCCAAAUGCAACAGCAACAGCAGCAGCAACAACAACAGCAGCAACAGCAACAACAGCAGCAGCAGCAGCGACAGCAGCAGCAGCAAAUGUCACAAAUGUCGCAGCAGGCGUUGUAUCCAGUGCAGCAGCAGCAGCAACAGCAACAACAGCUGCGACAGCAGCAACAACAACAGCAACAUCGCAACCAAAGUCGUCAAAGCCAAAGCCAAAGCCACGCAGCAGCCAACUCAGUCGCAGCCGCCGCAGCAGCAGCGGCAGCUGCAGCAGCAGUAGCGACGUCGGCGUCGAGUCAAUGGGAGCAAUUGGCCGCUGCGCUGACGCCACACCAGCAACAGCAGCAGCAGCACUCACACUCACACCCACACGCGCACACACACUCCCACCCACACACACACUCGCACCCACACACGCAUACGCAUCAGCAGCUGCAGCAUGCGGCGUCGCUGUAUUCGGCAAAAAGCAGCAAUGCAGCCGCCUCUGCCAACACCGGCGGCAAACGGGACGCUUUGCUGUCGGGCAGCAGCGGCAACAGCAACAGCUACGCCAGCAGCACUGUCAAGCACCAGCAGCAGCAACAGCAGCACUGCCUGCCUCCGCCUGUGGCGCCUUGGGAUGCGGCGGCAGCGGCGGCGACUGCGCUGCUCAUUGACCGCUCGCCGAUGGCCACUGUUCCUAGCAAUUAUCAGGCCGGUCCUGAGGCCACGCCCAUGCACCGGCUGCCGCCCACGGCGUCGACAGACAAGCUGAGUGGCAAAUACCGCCAAUAUCUGCGCACGCAGCAUCGCAUGCAUCCCUACGCAGCAGCAGCGGCGGCGGCCGCCUCCCUCGCAGCAGCAGCGGCCGGCGCCAACUUGGGUCCGGCUUCGUUUGUGCCCUUCGGAACGGCGGCGACGUCGGCGACGGCAGCGGCAGCGCCAACAUUCCAGCAACUGCAGCAAAUCUCCUGCUACAACGUGUGAUCCUCCUCCAACAACAAUAACAGCAACAGCAGCAGCAGCAACAACAACAAUAACUGAGACAGACGCUUACCAAGUAAACGUCAAUGACGUAGAAAACAGAAAAAGAAAGAAAAAGAAAAGUAACUGCAAAACGCUUUUUGAAUAUCCUGUUAUACUAUUCUCUUAUUCUUUCACUGUAUCCUGUUUUACUGUAGGGCUUGCAAUGUGCCUGGUGUUAAGCAUGUAAACGAAACGAAUGGCAUGACAAUAAAAAGAAACGUGCAUAGCCAAAAGAGAGAGCAAAAGCAAAAACAAAUGAACGGUGCUCUAAGCAUAUGCAUGUGCAUAUGUGUAUCUAUGUCUAUGCAUUAGUUUAGGUAUGACAACACGCUUAGAGGCCCGAAAAAAGCUUCGCUUAGUGCAGUGUGCAGUGUGCGUGAGCGACGGCAUCUGAUUUGCUUCGCUUUCUAUUUGAGAACAUGAGAACAUAAGAGUAAAACAGAAUUGCAAUUGUGAUAAACUGAAAAGAAAAAGAUAAGAAAUUUUGUUUUAAAGUUCAAAUCAUGCCAUUUUUUUUAUUGUCAUACAAAAUGUUAAUGUUAAAUUGAAAAGUGUUUCGUAUUAACGCCCAGGCAAUUGACAAGUCAAUAAAUAUUUAAUUAUUGAUUUAUAACUAAAUUAGCUGCGAACGAUUGUUGCCAAAAAGCCCAAAACAGAAAAAAUAAUUAAAGAUUACUUGUUUUUUUAAAAUGUAAUUUGUAGUAAUUCGAUAAACAACAAACAAGUAAGAAGAGAAAAGAAAAGAUAUGAAAAAACAAACAAAAAAAUGCAAACUAUUGUAGUGAUAUUUGUUAUAAAAUAAUUUUAGUAACUAAUUUAAUUUAAAUUAAACAAGGAAAAACCAACAAAUCUAAACACAAUGCGUGUAAACCAACAACAACAACAACAAGAAAACAACAAUAAUAACAAGUAAAUGAAAUGCUAAAAACUAAAACAUAUGCUUAUUUAAUUAUUAUUAUAAACAACAACAAAUACAGCCCAUGCUAUUACUCAAGUCAAAGUAAAAUGAAGAAAAUAUGCUAAAUCUCUUAACUAAAGGAAUGAAUGAAAGAAGAAGAAGAAGAAGAAGCUAGAAAACACACACACAUACACAUACAAAGUGCAAACAUAUUAAAAUGAAAAUAAAAUGUAUUCCCAAAUUUUGCGACGUAACUCGUAGCGAAAUAUGCGAAGAAAAAAAAAAACAAAUUAAAACUAAAAUGUAGCAAAUUGUGUUUUCAAUUGACAGUAACAAAGACAGAGAAAGAGAUGAUGAGAGCGAGAGAGACCAGGCUGCAGUUAAGCAUUCGAUUUGACUGCCGCAAAAGAGCGCAGUAACGGCAUUUGCCGUCGGUACUUUGUUGGAUUAUUUUACAGUUUGUCGCCUGUCUUCUAGUUUUUCUUCUUCUUUUUUCUUCUACACUUUAUUUUAUUUCGCCUUGCUGUUGUCACUGUGUGAGCUGCUUUAAUUUGAUUUCUAGCUCGCCUCAUGCUAUGCCUCGAUUUUGGUGUCAACUCCCUCUUCCCUCUCCGCAUCCAGCAUUCCACAUCCCUCGCGCCGUCUGUCGCUGUGAUUGAUUGUUGUCAUUGAUGGAAGACUUUCCAGCUCUGCCGUGCACGCACAGUGGUUGAAAAGCAGGGAGGUCGCAGUCAAAGUCGUUAAUUAUGAGCACAGCCCACAUAAUAAUAAUGAUCGCUUUAUGUUUACAGAGAUUAGUUUUAUGCGACCAUGCAGAGCAUUUUCAGCUGUCCGUGCGAUAAACCGUGAAAUCAUAUCAUUUAAUUAAAUUCAAAUAUUUUCGUUUGCCUGAUAGCUUGACAAAUUUCCUAACGUAUUUCGCAACAUAUUCAAUUUCUAAUUUCCUGCUUACAAAAUCGAAUUUUAUGGAGAUCCGGCCAAAUGAAAACAGGGCUACUCAUCUCUGUUUUUUAUUUUUUUUUUAUAUACAUAUGUAUGUAUAAAACAGCUGUCGAUUCAAUUAAACAAAAUGCUUCACUCAAGUAAGAAAUAUAUAGAGAAAGAUAAAGAGAGAGAGAGAGAGCGAGAGGCGUAAAGCAGAAAACGACAUCCGUUUCCCAUUGACCAAAAGUGGACUCGUUUAGCCAUUUGAUUUGUGACUCGGUUAAAGCGAAUCCAUUCACAUGAUUCACUUUAGUCUCUGCCCUAAAUUCAAACGAGUCUGCACUCAUGUCAAAACAAGACAAGAAAACAACAAAAACUGAGACAGGAACUGGCCGCGACUGCUUAUGUGGACCACAGUUCCAAUUAUAGUAGUAUUUAUAUGUAUAUGUAUAUGUAUGUAUGUGUACUAUAUGGCAUACUAUAUAGAAAGCAGCGUCAUCAAAUCUUGUUUAAAAAGAGAAACAAUUAGACAGACAAGCAGAAAAAUGUUCACUUUGUAUGUUGUUUUAGUCUGACAAAUGAUUGCAAUCUAUUAGUUUCUAAUUCGAAUAUAGAUUAGAAUGCCGUAGAUACAUAAAUGCCAAUUGACAGUCAUUACAAAUUACGAUAUCCAAACAGUGAAAUCCAUUGAAAUUGGGCAAAAUAUCAGCUGCUGCCCACUGUUGUCUGUGUCUUUCCCAUCUAUUGCCUCUCUGUUCCUCGCUUGCAGUCUCUUUCAUUCAGUGCGAGGUCGUUGUCAUCAUAUUCUAUGGGUGCAUGCAUGUUACUUAGUGCAUGUGUGUGUGAAGGUGCUUGAGCUUUAGCUAAAUUGGAAUCAAACAAAAGCUGCACUUUCCAGUGGACUGUUGUUUGUAUUUUUAAGGCAAAUCUUCAAAGAUAAUGGGCAUGUUUCUCAAGUGUAGCACUCGAGGAUUCAAGUGUUCACUUUUAUUAUUUUUAUUUUCAGUUAUUGUAUUUUUAUUAAUAUAGAAAUGAGCUCAGCACCUGUGUGUGACUACGUAGCCCCAGGGUCUUUUUCUUUUUUGGUAAUUAAUCAGUGAAUGAAUAGUUCGUAUAGGCAGAAAUUUGUUUCUUUCAGCUUUCUUCUGUAUUUACAUGCUAAUUAAUAUGUGGGCUUAUUUGGUUUUGCGUUUGCAUUUAUUACGGUAUCUCCCACCAGCCCCUAGCCCAUAGUCAAAGCAAGGCAGGUGCCAUUUAAAAGUCAUCAACAGAGAUAAAUACACUCAAUAAUGGUCCAGCCAAAAACACAUAAAAGGCGAAAAAAUGAAAUACAAAAAAAAGCAAAUAUAAAAACAAAACCACGCAAAUAAAACGGCACCCAAAGCGCGCAUACAAAAUCAAAUUAAGCACACACACACAGUCACACAUGCACAGAGAUGAUUAGCUAUUUUUAAAUAUAAGCUGAAAAAUGCAAACAGUAAAAACGCACGAAAAUUGUUCAAAAUGAAAUGACGCAAAGCGCAUUAAACAAAGUCCAGCAAAAAAAAAAACAAA